AUGAUUUUCGUGUUUUCAAAUAAGUUGUUUCAACCUCUAAACGUAGCCCCACAUUCUGAUUAUCAAACACACAAUUUAGCCCUGCGUUUUGAUGCUCAAGCUUCAGACAUUGAGAGGAAAGUUAACAAUGACCAUCAAGGUGACGAAAGCAAGAAGAAACUAGCCUAUGAUAAGAAACUAUGUAGCCUCUUGGACGAGUACACAAGCUAUAGUCAAUUAUCAAGCUCGAUCUUUAACACAACUCAUCCUUUCAAAUGGCUUAACAUUCCAACCAAAAUUAAUAACGAUGUUGUUGAAAUCAUUACCCCAGUUGAGAUGAUCAAGAAAGGAGACAAUGUGGGUUCCCCUGAGGUUGCCCUCCUUACCAAACUUAGGAUAAGAUCCUUCUCGUAUGGUGUAGUAAUCCUCUUUGACUAUGACGAUGGAUCUAUCUUCAGCUUAAAGAUGUUCAACUUCACUGAGGCUGAUCUCGUUGACAAGUUUACAGCUGGUGUUAUUACGAUUGCUUCGCUGUCCUUAGCUCUCUCUUACCCAACUCUUGCAACAACGCCUCACAUGUUUAUCAAUGCCUACAAGAACAUCCUUACGAGUGUUGUUGGCAUUGAAUACACAUUCAUACAAGUUGAAGGAGUAUCUCAAGGAUCAAAGCAAAUUCGAUGUUACUUUCGAUUCUAUAUCAUUGGCUAG